AUGUCUGCUUUCACGGAAACAAAAGACACAGUGAAGUCCUCCCCUCCGCCUCAUACGUCUUCCACUCCCUCCUUCGCGUGGCUUGAGGUUGACAGAUCCGCGUGGCCUUGCUCGCUGACCCACACCGGCAGUAUGUCUGAGCCUAGAGCCGUGCCAGUGAACGCCACACGCCCUACAGUUUCAGGGUGGGGGGGUGGAAGAGGGGGGGAUAGACAGGUGCCGACUGUCAUCUUGUUAACACUGGGGAAGGGAGAGGUGCUUUUUUGGCUCCCCCAUCGCCGCAGCCAUGGCACAUAUGUGGCACGCGGCCCUUGGCACAGCGUCACUGGCAUAGAUGCAUGUGAUGUGAGGUGGGAGAGCCCUGUGUAUUAG